AUGCAAGCGAGCGAAUCCGCCCCAUCUGUUCCAAAAGCGGCUACGAGGAGAACUGUUGUAUUCGCUCGGUCGAAAGUUCAGUGGAUACCGAAACCGGAUUUCUCUUCGGAAGCCAUUGCGAAAGGCUUGAUUUACCUGAGCAGUGAAGACGAGGCUGUUUUCUCACUCCUUGAUGACAAGCAGGGAUACGAAGAAAUCGAUCGAUUGACCCUCAAGAACACUUACGAUAUCCGGAACAAGGAUGGACGACGAAUAUUUCUGGCAGUCGUGUAUGAAAAGCCAGGUCUAGUAUUUCGAAGACAAUGGGCCUUCCGACUAUCCUUUUAUGAUGCCGAAUCUCGCCGGAUCUCCAUUUUCAAUCGCGUGUCCACUCUUCACUGCUGCUCGUGCAUCGAGUCCUGUAGAACUCACGUGAUGCGGGGGAAAAUGGGGAAACCCGUGGGUCCAGCUGGCAGUAUAGUAAGUCGAUGUCACUGGCUGAGAAAGCCCAGUUUUAUGGUGCUUGAUGACAAGAAUAAUCUCUUGUAUCGACUAGAGCCUCUGUCAAAGAUGGACAAAAGCAAAUUCUUGAUUUUGGACAAAAAGCGCAAGAAGACCGGAGGUGAGGUCAGAAUCGUUACUCGAGAAGACUACUCAUGGAUGAGCUUUGAUACGAACGCAUUCAAAAUCAGUUUCCCUGCGGAUGCGAAACUGCAUGUCAAAAUGCUGCUCUUGGCUGCCACAGUUCUUCUGAACGUUUUGUACUGGGACGCGGAAGACAAAGGUCCACCCCCGGAGUUUCAGCCAACUGAGUCCGAAGAAGAACUCGCAGAAUUGCUGCACGAGGAAAUGGAGGCCGCAGAAGCUCUAACUGGCGAAGUUUCCUUGCUGGAACGAGACAAGAAUCUCAAGUCUACCGCGAAGCAGAAACAUCGUCCGGGUUCCCCGGCCACAGUCAAGGCUGCUUAUAGUCCUUCCGCGUUUGCUAACCGCGACAGUUUCUUGUCACGGAUGCACAUCAACGUGAAUGAUGGGGGUGAGGACGACGAAGUAGUGGCUCCUGGUGGAAUGAUCACUGAUCGCGGGAAAAUAUACGAGAGUGCUUUGUGAUGAUUUGAAUUCUUCGUCGUGCGAAUGAGAUUUUGAAUAUUCCUUUGUUUCUCUGAUACGUGAUGGAGAGACGACCGAUUUUUUUCCAUGCAAAUA